AUGGCUACGUCUUCUACAAAUGAAAAAUUGAUUGAUACUGCUCAUAUUAUUGAAUCGAAAGGUACACAUCAUCAUUCGAUUAUUUGGCUUCAUGGUUUUGGUGAUAGUUCAGAUGGUUAUAAAGAUUUAUUUACUCGAAUACAACCAUCAAAUACAAGAAUUGUAUUACCAAAUGCACCUAAACGAUUGGUGACUAUUGAAAAUCGUCAAUAUCAAUUACGAAGUUGGUAUGAUCAUGAUAAUACAGCUAUAGAAGCAGGUUUACAAGUUAUCGAAUCUGUAAAACAAUUAAUCGAUGAAGAACUUAAACUUGUUGAUGAUGCUUCACAUAUAAUUAUAGGUGGAUUUAGUCAAGGAGCUUGUUUAUCAUUAUUAGCUGGUUUAACCUAUACAAAACAACAAUUAGGUGGUAUUAUUUGUUGUAGUGGUCAAUUAGUAUUAGAAAAUAAAAUUCCAGAAUUUUUAAGUGAAUAUGCAAAGAAAAUACCAAUUUUAGUUUUACAUGGAAAAGAUGAUAAUCGAAUUCCUUGGGAUAAUGCUAAAAGUGGUUUUGAAAUAUUAAAAAAGAAUGGAAUCAAUGAUAAUAUGGAUGUUGUAUUAGAAGAUGGAGUAGGACAUAGUAUUAGUGAACGUGGAUUUCAUUUAAUAAUUAUAUUUAUUAUCAAACAGUUGAAAUUAUAA